UUCUCCGUCCUCACGGGCCUCUGUUGGGCCAUGGAGCCCAUUUGUGGCCAAGCCUACGGUGCCAAUAACCACAAACUCCUCCACAAAACUCUACUCAUGACCGUGAUCCUACUACUACUAACUACCCUUCCUAUUUCCUUGUUAUGGCUCUACACGGACAAAAUCCUCACACUCUUUGGCCAAAACAGAGAAAUCACAGCUCUGGCUAAAAACUGUGUGUUAUAUCUCCUCCCAGACCUUUUACUUACCUCGUUUCUUGCUCCCUUAAAGGCCUACUUGAGCUCACAGAGUAAAACGCUGCCAAUUAUGUUCAGCUCAGGUGUGGCAGUAGCUUUUCACCUGCCGUUCAACAUUUUCCUUUCUAAGAUCAAGGGGAUAGAAGGCGUCGCGCUGGCUACUGCGCUGACGGAUCUCAGUGCGACGAUCAUGCUCGCUUUCUACGUGCUGGCCACGGAGUCAUGGAUCUACGAAGGAUGGUGGAAGCAGCAGCUGAGCGAAUGGACGCGACUGUUGACCCUCUCGGCUCAGUGCUGCUUCAGCGGCUGCCUCGAGUGGUGGUGCUACGAGAUUCUUAUACUUCUUGCGGGCAGAACGCAGGACGCUCAGUGCAAUGUUGCGGUCCUGACCUUAGUCCUCAACUUCGAUUACUUCUUGUACGGUGUGAUGGUCUCGUUGUCGACCUGCGCAUCGACGAGGGUGUCCAACGAGCUUGCUGCGGCUGGCCGAGCCGCGUGCAGCCGCCCCUUUCGGUUUGCGCUCGGGGUUGGUGGCCGGCCCGGAGUUGUGUGGGUUAUUGAUGGUUGGUCCAUUAAAGCAGAAUGGGGGAAUUUUUGUUUCAGUCAGUGGACAGGCGGACGUCGCGUUGAAGAUGUGUAG